AUGGAAGGCACCGUGCUGUGCGCGGCGAACCACGCGCCGCUGACGCCCAUCAGCUUCCUGGAGCGCACCGCGCUCGUCUACCCCGACCGCCCCGCCGUCGUCUCCGCGGUCCACGCCGCCGCGCCGCCGCCGCCGCGCACCUGGCGGGAGACCCGGGACCGCUGCCUCCGCCUCGCCGCCGCGCUCGCGGGGCUCGGCGUCGCGCGCCGCGACGUGGUUGCGGUGUUCGCGCAGAACAUCCCGGCCUUCUGCGAGCUCCACUUCGGCAUCCCCAUGGCCGGCGCCGUCAUCUGCGCGCUCAACUCGCGCCUCGACGCCGGCAUGGCCUCCGUGCUGCUGCAGCACUCGGAGGCCAAGGUCGUCUUCGUGGACGCCGCGCUGCUCGGCGUCGCCCGAGAAGCGCUCCGCCUCAUCUCCCAGCAGGCCGGAGCAAGCAGGGUGCCCACCGUGGUGCUAAUCAACGAGGUCCUCGACGAGCCGCCGCCGCCAUCGACAACGACAGACUUUCCCGGAGGCGAUCGGUGCUACGAGUACGAGGCGCUCCUGACCAGCGGCGGCGUCGGCGCCGGGUCGGCGGAGUUCACGAUCCGGUGGCCGGGCGACGAGAACGAGCCGAUCGCGCUCAACUACACGUCGGGGACGACGUCGCGGCCCAAGGGCGUGGUGUACACGCACCGCGGCGCGUACCUGAACACGCUGGCGUCGGUGCUCCUCAACGACAUGGCGGCGCUGCCGGUGUACCUGUGGACGGUGCCCAUGUUCCACUGCAACGGGUGGUGCCUGGUGUGGGGCGUGGCGGCGCAGGGCGGCACCAACGUGUGCCUGCGCAAGGUCACCUCCGCCGCCAUCUUCGCCGCCGUGGCGGCGCACGGCGUGACGCACAUGGGCGGCGCGCCCACGGUGCUGAGCAUGGUGGUGAACGCCACGGCGGAGGAGCGGCGGCCGCUGAGUUUGAGACCCGGCGGGAGGAGAGGGAGGCCGGUGACGGUGAUGACGGGCGGCGCGCCGCCGCCGCCGCAGGUGCUGUUCCGGAUGGAGGAGCUGGGGUUCCCGGUGAUCCACUCGUACGGGCUGACGGAGACGUACGGUCCCGCCACGGUGUGCACGUGGCGGCCGGAGUGGGACGCGCUACCAGCGGCGGAGCGCGCGGCGAUCAAGUCCCGGCAGGGGCUCCACCACCUGGGGCUAGAGGUGGACGUGAAGGACCCAGCGACGAUGACGAGCGUCCCCGCCGACGGGCGCACCAUGGGGGAGGUGAUGUUCCGGGGCAACACGGUGAUGAGCGGGUACUACAAGGACGCGGCGGCGACGGCGGAGGCCAUGUCCGGCGGGUGGCUGCGGUCGGGGGACCUGGCGGUGCGGCACGCCGACGACGGGUACGUGAAGAUCCUGGACCGGUCCAAGGACAUCAUCAUCUCGGGCGGGGAGAACAUCAGCACCAUCGAGGUGGAGGCGGCGCUGUUCGCGCACCCGGCCGUGGCGGAGGCCGCCGUCGUGGGCCGCCCCGACGAGUACUGGGGCGAGACGCCGUGCGCGUUCGUCACGCUCAAGGAGGGUGCGUCGGGGGAGGGCGUGGGCGCGGAGGAGGUCAUGGCGUUCUGCCGCGCGCGGCUGCCGCGCUACAUGGCGCCACGGACGGUGGUGUUCGUGGCUGAGCUGCCCAAGACGGCGACGGGCAAGGUGCAGAAGUUCGCGCUACGGGAGCAGGCCAAGGCCAUGGGCAGCAUCUCCAGUUCCAAGAAGCCGGGAGGGUCAGGGACGAGGAGCAAGCUCUGA